AUGGCCCGGAAGAUCUUCGUGGGCUCGCUUCCAUCCGCCGUCACCGAAGAUCUGCUCAGAUCGGAGUUCGAUCGCUUUGGACGAAUCGAUGAGGUCUUCAUCAAGGAGGGCUGCCCUGUGGGUAAGCAGUGGGCGUUCGUCACUUUUGCCUCCGCGGAUGCAGCGGCAGCUGCGAAGGAGGCAUGUGACCGACUGCUGAGAUUACCAGGUGCGGAGCGUGCCUGCGACGUGAUGCUGGCAAAGAAUCAAGGCAGCACCGGGGCUGCUGAUGCUGGCUCUUCGGCUCCGCGGAAGAUCUUUGUGGGAUCUCUUCCCGAUGGGAUCCAGGAGGAAGCCCUGAGGCUCGAGUUUUCAAAGUAUGGCAUCGUCGAGGACCUUUUUCUGAAGCCUGGAUGCGAACCCGGGCGACAGUGGGCAUUUGUAACCUUUGAUUCGCCCAAUGCUGCCGCACAUGCCCAGGAGGCGAGCAAUGGCAGGCUUCAUUUCGAAGGUGCCGCACGACCGUGCGAGGUAACGCUGGCCCGGAACCAGGGCAUGUUCGGCUCCGGCGCGCUGCAGCAAGCGGCACCAGCGGCAAAGAUGCCGAUAGAAACGGGCCCAAAGAAGGUUUUUGUCGGCACUUUGCCAGACUCUGUCGACGAAAAUAUCCUCACGGAAGAGUUCUCCAACUACGGCGUUGUGACGGACGUCUUCCUGAAGCCAGGAUGUGAGUCAGGUCGCAAGUGGGGAUUCAUUACUUUCUCAACCUCAGAGGAGGCGAAGCACGCCAAGGCUAGCUGCGACCGCGUGCUGAUGCUCCCAGGCGCCGAAAGGCCGUGCGAGGUGACCAUGGCCAAGCAUCAGGGAAUGUACGGCCAGGAUUCCCUCGACAGAGGAGGUGGCAUGCACAUCGGCGGCGGCAACUACAACAGUGGCUUUGGCAGUUCCUACAAUGCUCACGGCAGCACCCCUUAUGGGGGCAGCUUUGGUGGGCCCAGUGGAGGUAGCAGCUUGGGCAAUCACAGGAGCUUCAGUAUAGGGGGCGGCUACAGUGGCGGUGGAAGCCACAGCAGCACCCCUUUCAAAAGAGCCACCGCGCCGAUCACCGCAGCGCCCAUCGGAGGUGCAGGCUCCGGUUUUGCUCCGUCCGGAGGUGGAGGACCCGCCGCCGGCGGUCCUUGCAAG